CUACGUAUCUACGUGGAUUACUACAAACUUAAUACUAUUAUACGUAAGAAUGCGUAUCUAAUCCUGCAUAUUAAUAAGCUACUUACUUAUCCCUAUAAGGCUAAGAUCUUUACUAAGCUUAAUAUACGUGCGGCUUUUAAUAAGAUCUAG